AACCAUUUAAAGCAACGUUCGAUGAGCAAAAUACAGUCUAUCGUUUCAUUAUGAUUCGUGUGUCUAUGUGUGUUUGUGUGUUUGUGUGUUUGUGUUGUAAAUUUUAUGUUAUUGUUUGCAAAUUAAACACUGAGAUUGCACGUACGAAAUCUGGAUGCGACAGCCAUUGUAACACCUUUUUUUUUCUUUUUUUUUUUGCCACAUUACGUUCAUACUUUUAUUGCUAUUUGUCAAACCUAAACAUUUCAUUUGCAUAUUUACAGGACUUAUAAAGAGCGGCUAAUCCACACAAUAUCAAACUUAAAUUCCAGCUGACCUACAAAAAAGGUGUGUGUGUGUGUGUGUAUGUG